GGUGGGCAGGGGGGAGAGGGUGUCACUCCCGACUCCACGGCUAAGUUAGCAGAAGUCUGCUGGCAGCACUCGGAAGGAGAAGUGUUGAAGUGGGCUUUUCUGCAGUGCAGGGCUGUAAUUUGCUGAAGGAGGCAAAGAACAUCCUUCGAUCUAAGUAGGGCUUUUAGUGUGCUCAUUGAUGAGUGAAAGUCGCCACACAUGUCAAGCUAAAGGCAGUUGUUGGGUUACUAACAGGACACAACGUCUUGCAAACAUAUGCGUUAAGCUGUGUAUACAGAUGGCAGGGAGAAUAAUGGAGCAGGCGCCUCUUAUAAAGCUCUAGCUGCUGCCUGUCUUCAGACCUGGGAAAAGAAACUAUUCAGACUCAGGGCCAGAUAGCGCCUGGGAUUGUUUGUUACCGUUUUAAUCCUAUUAAUUAAAACGUUAACCUGAUUGGGUAGAAAGCUCUGUCCCAACAGGCGAGUCUUCUUCAUAAUAACCUACUCUCAGAGAUAAUGAUGUAAAAGACUCCCCCGUCUGCGGCGGCUGCUGGUUGAUGGGUCCGGAAAUCUCUUGAAGGUGAAUCCAAGCAAGAUAAACGGUGGAAGCGGCUCCGCUGGCAGCGCACAAUGCCCCAGCGCGGCGCCUGCUGAGGGCGAGCCGGAGCCACAGCCACAGCCCGAGCCACAGCCGCUGCCGGAGCCGCAGCCCAAGCCGGAGCCGCCGCCCGAGCCGGAGCCGCAGCCGGAGCCGCCGGAGCCGCAGCCGGAGCCGCCGCCGGAGCCAGAGAAGGGGCAGCCGCGGAGCCGGGCACGACGCAGCUCCGGCGGGAGCCGGGAAACGAUUUCUGCCAGCGGGACGCCGGGGAGCCGCCCGCCGCGGCGCGGAGCCUUGGAGGAGCGGGCCGGGAGCUGAGGGGGGCGGAGGAGGCGGAGGCGAGCGGGGCGCCGAUGGAGCGGGCGCUGGGGCUGCCCGCAGAAGAGGACCUCUUCCACAAGAGCCUCGCCGCCUCGGCCAAGCGCAUGGAGUCCGCCUUCCGCUCGCCCCCGGGGCUCGACCUUUCCCACCCCCGCGACCGCCAGCCCUCGCCGCUCGCCUGCUACGAGGCGUCGGAGCCCGAGGCGCUGCUGCAGCCCGGAGUCGGCGGCGACCCGCUGGCGCUGCCGCCGGGCUCCGUCUGCGUCAAGUACGGCGAGAGCGCCAGCCGCAGCUCGGUGGCCGAGAGCAGCGGCGGCGAGCAGAGCCCCGACGACGACAGCGACGGCCGCUGCGAGCUGGUGCUGCGCGGCGCCGGGGGGGACCCGCGCGUCGCCUCGCCGGCGGCGGGCGGCGGCGGGGGGGGGGGCGGGGGGCUGAAGGCGGCCGAGGGCAGCUGCUCCAACAGCCACGGGCACGGCGGCAGCAAGAAGUCCAAGGAGCAGAAGGCGCUGCGGCUCAACAUCAACGCGCGGGAGCGGCGGCGGAUGCACGACCUGAACGACGCGCUGGACGAGCUGCGGGCGGUCAUCCCCUACGCGCACAGUCCCUCGGUGCGGAAGCUCUCCAAGAUCGCCACGCUCCUCCUGGCCAAGAACUACAUCCUGAUGCAGGCGCAGGCCCUGGAGGAGAUGCGGCGCUUGGUGGCUUAUCUCAACCAGGGCCAGGCCAUCUCGGCCGCCUCCCUGCCCAGCUCCGCCGCGGCGGCGGCGGCGGCGGCGCUGCACCCCGCCCUCGGCGCCUACGAGCAGGCGGCCGGUUACCCCUUCAGCGCCGGGCUGCCCCCCGCCACCUCCUGCCCGGAGAAAUGUGCCAUCUUCAACAGCGUCUCCUCCAGCCUCUGCAAACAGUGCACGGAGAAGCCUUAAGCGCCGCCGCCGUGGCCGCCCCCCGCCGCCGCCGCGGCCCCGGGGAGCGGCGACAGCCGGCGCUGCGGUCCCGGGCCGGGGGGCGCGGAGGCGGCGGAGGGACUGACCGCUGCCCGGCCCCCGCCACCCUCUGCCCGGACUGGCCUCGCCUCG